CCAUCAGCAUCAUCAUCGGCUGCUGCAAACCCAUCUUCCUCUGUUGCUCCAUCAGCAUCAUCAUCGGCUGCUUCAACUCCAUCUUCCUCWGUUGCCCCAUCAGCAUCAUCAUCGGCUACUGCAACACCAUCUUCCUCUGUUGCCCCAUCAACAUCAACAUCGGUGCAACCAACAACAGAGACACCAACAGAACCCGAGGUUUCUGCAACAAUGGUAAAAAUCCGGGUUGAAACUAGGAUAAUUCACAUUAUGAAUGUCGUCGUUGUGUUCGAUGACGUAAAAGACGAAAAAUCAGAAAGGGGCAAAAAAUUCAGAAAGAACUUUAAAAAUUGGUGUCUGCAACGGCUGAGGAGAAGGAAACGCAGAGGAAGAUCUCGGGCGUGGGGGCUGCGUAUUCAUCGAUUGCGAAAAGGAAGCGUGAUCGUGGAGUACGAUCUCUUUGUCAACGCAACCUCCCAACAAGAAACACAGGAUUUCAUUGAUGGCCUCCAGCAGGAAAUUGACUCUGGAACGAUUGGAAACUACACAGUCGACCCCAACCAUCCACUUGGUGCCAAGAUCACAAUGCAAGGUAUGUAA